AUGUUCGUUUUCUUCUUCUUCUUCUUCUUCUUCUUCUUCUUCUUCUUCUUCUUUCGGUAUUCCAUUCUUAUUCUUCUUCUUCUUCUUCUUCUUUUUUCUUUUCUUUUCUUCUUCUUUUUCCUUCUUCUUAUUCUUAUUCUUCUCUUUCUUCUUUUAUCCUUGACUUCUUCUUCUUCUUCUUCGUUGACAUCACAAAAUUAUAAUUAUAAUUACUACUGUUUAAUUUUUCUUCUUCUUCUUUUUCUUUUCUUCUUCUCUUUUCUUUUUUCAUCUUUUUCUUCUUAUUCUUAUUCUUCUCUUUCUUCUUUUUUAUCCUCCUCCUCCUUUUUCUUCUUCUUCUUCGUUGACAUCACAAAAUUAGUAUUCCAUGAUGAUUAUUAUUUUCAAGUAAUUAUAAUUACUACUGCUUUAAUUUUUCUUCUUCUUCUUCUUCUUCUUCUUCUUCUUCUUCUUCUUCUUUUUUCUUCUUCUUCUUCUUUUCUUCUUCUUCUUAUUCUUAUUCUUGAUUAUUAUUUUCAAGUAAUUAUAAUUACUACUUUUAAUUUUCUUCUUCUUUUUUUCCUCCUCCUUUCUUCUUCUUCUUCUUCUUCGUUGACAUCACAAAAUUAUAAUUAUAAUUACUACUGUUUAAUUUUCUUCUUCUUCUUCUUCUUCUUCUUCUUCUUCUUCUUCUUCUUCUUCUUUUUUCUUCUUCUUCUUUUCUUCUUCUUCUUCUUCUUAUUCUUCUCUUUCUUCUUUAUUUUUUAUCCUCCUCUUUUUCUUCUUCUUCUUCUUUUCUUCUUUGACAUCCUUCUUUUAGUAUUCCAUUAUAAUUAUAAUUACUACUGUUUAAUUUUCUUCUUCUUCUUCUUCUUCUUCUUCUUUUUUUCUUCUUCUUCUUCUUUUUCUUCUUCUUCUUAUUCUUAUUCUUCUCUUUCUUCUUCUUUUUAUCCUCCUCCUCCUUCUUCUUCUUCUUCUUCUAAUUAUAAUUACUACUGUUUAAUUUUCUUCUUCUUCUUCUUUUCUUCUUCUUCUUCUUCUUAUUCUUAUUCUUAUUCUUCUCUUUCUUCUUCUUUAUUUCCUCUUCAUUCAUUAUCCGAAAUACGCCUUCGGAUAUCAGUUUCGUUUUAA